AUGUCUGCUACGACAGCCUUACUCACAACGCUUUUUCGGCGUGAACUCGACACUGAAAGCUGCACUUUCGAAACCUGCGAUAUUGAACUCUCGUGGUACAAAUAUCGCCCAUCACUCGAAGCCAAUGCUACCCUGACGGCUAUUUUUGGUCUCUCCGCGAUCAUCUUCUUGAUCCAGGGAAUAGUGACGAGGAGAUUUGUCGGCUUCACCAUAGCAAUGGUCCUGGGCACGGUCGCAGAAGCUGUAGGCUAUGUCGGUCGCAUCCUUAUGUGGGAUAAUCCAUGGAAGCAGGUCCCAUUCAUGAUCCAAAUCUGCUGUCUCACCAUCGCCCCUGCCUUCCUCGCCGCAGGCAUCUACUUCACCCUCUCGCGCAUCGUCACCACUUUCGGCGCCGACAACUCCCGCAUCCGGCCCCUGUGGUACCCACGCAUCUUCAUCCCCUGCGAUAUCAUCGCUCUCUCCCUGCAGGGCGCGGGCGGCGGCAUCGCCAGCUCCAGCGAGGACCCCGACGGCGCCGACCUAGGCAAGAACAUCAUGAUCGCCGGGCUCGUGGCGCAAGUCGUCACGCUGAGCGCCUUCAUCCUGCUCGCCGUGGACUUCUCAAUUCGCGCCUACCGACGCAUGCGCAGCAUGGGCGGCGAUGCGGCGCUGGACCCGCGCCACGCUCGUCUGCGCGCGUCCUUUGGGUUCCGCGCAUUCCUCGUGGCGCUGGCGGUGUCGACACUGACCAUCUUCACGCGGUGCGUGUAUCGCGUUGCGGAGCUAUCAGAGGGUUGGGAUGGUCCGCUGAUGAGAGAUGAGCCGUUGUUUAUUGUGCUGGAGGGCGUGAUGAUUGUUAUCGCUGUUGUGGUGCUGAAUGCGUUUAAUCCGGCGAUCUGCUUUAAGGACGGGUAUGAUAAGGAUGUUAGUCAGGGGAUGAAGAGUGGGAAGUUGGAGGCGGAGAUGGAGAAUGAGACGGAGACGGAGACGGACAGCUUGAAUCCAGUGGAGCGGAGUGAGGAUUUUGAGACUCGCUAUAUGGACGAUGUGAGACUGGAUCGAGUUUGA